AUGAUAAGAAGAGAUCCGUUCUCUCGGUGCGCUGCACUGGAGAGCCUCGCGAGAGCCUCGUCACAUGGCAGUAUCAUAUUUGAUCCUUCACGCAACCAUAACUUGACUGGCUCUCAACCUCUCGGCGACGACUCCAUCAAUCCAUAUCAAGUUGUCUAUCAUGGUGCUGCUGUCUCCACCGACCCGGACUUCCAACUGGGAGUCUCGCUGUCCUACGAUAUGAAUACGGGAAGUCGCACUGUUACUACUAGCACGGGUCAACCAACUACCGAUGGCUACAUGGACCAGUGGUUCGACUUCGACUCUUCAACCUUCCCCUCGGAUCAAAGCCACGAUACUGGCCCAUUCAGUCCAGCCGUCGGGGGAAGCUACGGAGUAUCAGCUGUUGAUAACCCUGCUUCCGCUUCUGGUGGUUCUGGGUCUGCCAGGGUGGCAACUACUUCCCGUUCCCUUCACAACUGUUCGGACUGCAUGCAGUCCUUCUCCCGUCUCGCUGAUCUACGCCGUCAUGUUCGCGCUCACAACCCAAAUGCCACUCGGUUCCCCUGCACUCAGCCAGAUUGUGGACGCGAAUUCUUGAGGAUGGAUAGGCUGAGCGACCACCGUCGCCGGAAGAAUCAUUGAGUAUUGAAGGACGAUGAGCUUGUGGUGACAAUCAUGAGACUUGUCCUAUGACUCGGAUUAUACUUGGAAAGAGUGGAGGAAUUGCUUAGUGCAGAGUGAAGCGAAGAUCGAUAUCGAAAAGCUUUUCUCUUACUUCUUUUUCUUAUCGGGCGAUGUGUUCUGCUCUGUUUUGUUCCUGUUGGGUCAUUUGAGAUAUACUGCCGCUCUUUCAUGACUUGUUUUGAUUUUCCUUCUACUGUCCCAGACUCACUCCUUUCUGUCUAGAGAGUUCAUUAGUU